AUGAACUCGUCGAGCAUUAGCUCAGCUGUGCCGACGAUUAAAUGUGAAGAUACUUCUCCGUCGCCGACUGCCGCAGUGGGUACGGAGGGAGAGCCAGGAGCAUACCUCAGUGUGAACGUCAACCUAAGCGCCGCUAUGAUGAACCUCCUGGCUGCAGAGGGCGCGGGCACCACCACUCUGCGCACUCCCGAGAUCGUCAACGAUGUCAUCACCAUGACCAACCCUCUUGACCAGUACAAUUACGAGAAGAACAACAGUUUCAAGAAUGUGAACUGUAACGACUCUAACUCUUCGAUGUCUAAUAGUUCGUCAGCAACGUCACCAGCUUCAGGCACUCCGCCUAGUAUACAAAAGACGUGUUCGGAAUUAAUAAAAGCUGGUCUAAAGCUGUCGAUAGAGUCGAAAAGGAAGAUGUCGGGCAGCGAUACUGAUGUGGGUGUGAAGCGCAUGAAGAAAGAAGAAAGUGACGAGGACUACGAUAGCAGUCAUACGCAAGCACCUAAAAACGAGCUUACUCCUGAAGAUGAAGAACGCAGACGCCGAAGAAGAGAAAGGAACAAAAUAGCAGCAACAAAAUGCAGAAUGAAGAAGAGAGAGAGAACUGUUAACCUCGUGAAUGAGAGUGAAGUCUUGGAAAGCCAGAACAUUGAUCUUAAAACACAACUAAAGGAUCUAGAAGUCCAGAAGCGUCAACUGAUCGACAUGCUGUCCAUGCACGCGUCAUCCUGCGUCAAGAACAACUCCAACGCUCGAACAUCCCCCACAGCGCCGUACAACGCUAUACGAACUUACGAGCCCACAACAUUCCCCGUAUUCGAAGCCCAUUCACCAUACAUCCGACCCGAAUCGGCAAAUAUCCUUGCUUCUAGCUACACUUGUCCUACACCCAUCAACGAUUCCAUAGAAAUAUCUUCCCUGGAAACCUCAUAUUUGACCCCACAAAAUAUAGACGAAUAUAAUCGACCAGACAGUGUUUUAAGCAUUCCGCCUAACUCCGAAGCCAGUUACAUUACCACAGACGGGUAUUUACCGAAGGCAACCAUCCUCGGCCCGAUCGAGCCAGAAGUGGAAUAUUACGAGCCGGAUCUUAAUUACGUGUCCUCUCAGCAAUGUCAUAACUACCCUUCCAACAUUCAAGAGACGCAGUCAAAGCUCACUAACAGUCUAAACGAUGGCUGUCUCGUU